GCCGUCGGAAGUAACGAGGUCGCCGGCGUCCGAGUAGGAGCGAGCAGACGUUGGAGCGGAGCUGGAAGCGAGGUAACCCGGACCCCGCACAGGAACAGCACCCCACCCGGAAGUCACCGGGGGACGAAGCGCAGAGUCUGUGGAGGCGCUCUGGACAUGGAUCCUCCGCCCGAAGGCAGCCAAGAAGGCACCGCUUACCACAGCCUAGUCGAUGAGCUUCAAGGAGAACCGUCGGAUAUGAUCCCUACCGUAGUCUCCGUCAUGGGAGGAGACUUGGCGAAGGAGCUCUGGGCCGAAUCUGAGCAGGAAGCAGAGGCCGAAGAAAGCCACGGCGGCGCGGGAGCUGCCGGCCCCAUAGACGACGAGAACCAGAAGGGUGGCGGCGGUGAUGGGAAGGAGCCCCCGCAGCAGCAGCAGCAGGAUGAGGCACUGGGGGCCUCUGAAGGGCCGCAGCCCCAGGGCAAGCAGCAACGCGCCCAACUUAGCACCUUUACAGGGUUGCAGCUGAAGGAGCUGGAGAGCAUUUUCCAACGCAGUCAGUACCCCGACGUGUUUGAGCGAAAGGAGCUUGCCGUACCCAUGGAUGUGAUGGACGUCGGUGAACCUGAAAAAAACGAUUCAGCUGAGAAGCCAUUCUAAAACCUGCUUCAGGAGUUAACACACUUUAGUUCUAGACAUUCUCAAGUUGUUGUUUUAGUUGCCUUUUCCAAGUUUGGGAAAUAAGUUCUGAAUUUGAGGGCUUUGGUGAGUGGAAAAUGGGAUAAGUAAACCCCACUUUAUGGAAAUUGCCCAUUACCAGAAGGAUUUUGAU